GCGAUGCUUCGGCUGGGCUGGACGGCGCGGCCGUUGGCGCUGCCGCUCGGAGCUCCUGCUGCUGCUGCCGCUGUUGCUGCUGCUCCCUGGCCCCGCCGGGGAGGAGGACGAUGCGGAGGCUGGAGGAGAAGCGAGGCGCCGAGGAGGACGAGCCCCAGGAGAUCCGGCCGCUGCCUCCUCCUCCGCCGCCGCCGCCGCCGCCCUCGCCCUCCUGCUGCGGCCGGAGCCUCCGCCGCCUCGUCCCCGUCGGCGCCUGGCGAGAGGCCCGCGAGCUGGUCCAGAUCGGCGGCCCCGUGUUUGUGGCGCAGCUUCUGGGCUUCCUGAUCAGCGUGGUGAGCUCCAUCUUCUGCGGCCACCUGGGCAAAGUUGAGCUGGAUGCCGUCACCCUCGCUGUAUCGGUCAUCAAUGUGAUUGGCAUUUCCGUGGGCACCGGAUUGGCAUCUGUCUGUGACACUCUCAUGUCCCAGACGUACGGGAGCAAGAACGUGAAGCGCGUGGGCACCAUCCUGCAACGGGGGAUCCUCAUCCUGCUCCUCUUCUGCUUCCCCUGCUGGGCCUUCUUCAUCAACACGGAGCAGAUCCUGCUUCUCUGCAGGCAGGACCCAGAAGUCUCCAGGUUGACUCAGGUUUACGUGAUGAUAUUUAUUCCAGCACUCCCAGCAGCUUUCAUCUAUCAGCUACAAACCCGCUACUUGCAAAGCCAGGCUAUCCUCCUGCCCCAGGUGAUCACGGGCGUCGUGGCCAAUAUCCUGAACGUGAUCAUGAACACCGUCUUCCUUUACUCCUUUGGGCUGGGAGUGGUGGGCUCUGCGUGGGCCAACACGCUGUCUCAGAAUUUGCAGGCCCUCCUCCUCUUCCUGUAUGUGUGGUGGAAGAAGAUACACAAGGAGACCUGGGGAGGCUGGACGCUCGACUGCUUGCAGGAGUGGGGCUCCUUCGUCCGCCUGGCCCUCCCUAGUAUGCUGAUGAUCUGCAUCGAGUGGUGGACAUUUGAGAUCGGCAGCUUCCUGGCAGGCAUGAUCAGCGUGGUCGAAUUGGGCGCUCAGUCCAUCAUCUACGAACUGGCCACGGUCGCAUAUCUGCUACCGCAAGGCAUGAGCGUUGCCUCCAGCGUCCGAGUGGGGAACGCCCUGGGGGCCGGUGACGUCCAGCAAGCCAAACUGUCCUGCAUCACGGGGCUCCUCUGCACGGGUGUGUUUGCUAUGGUGUUUGCUGGCCUCCUGGCAGCCGUAAAGGACGUGGUAGCCUACGUCUUUACCAGCGACAGAGAGAUCAUCGCCCUGGUUGCCAAAGUGAUGAUGAUUUUCGCCCCUUUCCAUCUGCUGGAUGCAAUAGCGGCCACGUGCGGCGGAAUACUGAGAGGAGCCGGAAAGCAGAAGAUUGGUGCCAUCGCCAACGCCAUCGGCUAUUACACCAUUGGGCUUCCCAUUGGCAUCACACUUAUGUUUAGGUACAAGCUUGGAGUGAUAGGCCUGUGGACGGGGCUGAUCGUGUGUAUCUCCCUCCAAGCCGCCUCUUUCCUGGUCCUUGUCCUGCGAGCCGACUGGAAAAAGGCCUCAGAAGAGGCUCAGAGCCGAGCAGGGCUGACAGCCAGACUACAGACCGGCAGUUCUGAGGACAUUUCUGCUAAUAAACCGGUGCCCUUAGCCUACCUCACGAUGGAAACUGAGGUCCCCAAUGGGGAUGCUCUCAGCGGCAUGGACCACGUGAUGGAGCACCCGCCGCAAGACCAGCUGAUUCCCCCGGAAGAGCUCACUUCGUCUCGCGUGGAAGUCUUGUCCGGGAAGCAGCUCCUAUUGCACCGGGGGCUGGCUGUGGCGUUGGCCGUCGCCGUUUUGGUCGCAGGCGUCCUGAUCCGCCUCCUGUUGCAGAACGGGUAAGGCGCUGAGGGGCGGCAGGCGGACCCCGUCGAGGACAGAAGACGGCUGGGAACUCUCUUCAAUUCUGGAGGAACCCCUUCCCUUCCUGGGGCUCGGCCAGGUGUGUGUCGCACAAAAGAGAACCAUUUAGCCAGUCGCCCUUGGCCUGAAGGAUGGGGGAAUAUUUCCUGGGCUGGCCUGAGCCACUCUGCUUUUGUUGGGAAGAGUUGGCCAACUCAAGAAAAGGAUAAUUAAUCGGAUGCCACUAUGAGGAUGUUCAAGCGAUGGGCCACUGUUACUCAGUUCUUCUUUUCCUGGAAGUUUAUUUUCAGCCAGACUUUCCCUCUCGCAGCUCAAAG